AUGGAGAAAACCCUACAAAAUAAUAAUCAAAAUCAAAAUGGCCAAGAAAAGGAAUCAAGGCAGAAGAAUCAUAAUAAUAAUAAUAAUAAUGGCAAGAAAAAGCCACAACAAGAGAAGAAGCAAAAUGGCAAAGAAAAAGAAGAGCUCCCAAUGAUGUCAUUAAACCAUGUUUCAAGACUUUGUAAGUCGGUUGAGGACUCGGUGGAGUUCUACACGAAUACGUUGGGGUUCGUGUUGAUCGAGAGGCCUCAAGCCUUUGAUUUCGAUGGGGCGUGGUUGUUUAAUUAUGGAAUUGGGAUUCAUCUUGUCCAAGCUAAAGAUGAAGACAAGUUGCCUCAUAAUAAUGAUGAUUUGGAUCCCAUGGAUAAUCACAUAUCAUUUCAGUGUGAGGAUAUGGAAGCCUUGGAGCGAAGAUUGAAGGAUAUGGACAUAAAGUACAUAAAGAGAACAGUUGGAGGGAAGGAGGAUGGAGAGAUUGAUCAACUUUUUUUCAAUGAUCCAGAUGGAUUUAUGAUCGAGAUUUGCAACUGCGAGAAUGUGAAGCUGAAGCCACAGGGGUCUAUCGAUCGGAUUAAAUUACCAUAUGAUAAGCAUAAUCCUCCUUUGGAGCUUAACUCGAACACUGCUAAAGCUAGCUGAUUUCGAGUAAUUCGAUUGUUGUUGUUAUAGUGAGUUAUUCACUUAUUUGGGUAAUUUGUACUAUUAGUGAUAUGAU